AUGGAGCAUUCACUUAUCAUAGAUCGAGCGCUCUCUAAAAUCGAGGGAAACAUUAAUAAAGCUGUGGAGUCAAUAGAAAAAGCUAGUACUACACUCCUUAAAUGCCAUAAUGAAGAUGUCUCAUCUGUAGAAGAUUUUACCAAACUUCGACGUUCAGUAACUACAUCAGCGAAGAUAUACUGUAAUUAUGUCAUGCCUUUUUCUGGACUAGUUAUUCAAAAUAUGAAAUUAUUUCUCGAUGACUACACAAAUUUUUCUCUUGAGGAAUUUGAAAAGCAUAUUUAUGACAAAAAAGAUAAAGCUGAACAGUAUGGAAAAGUGUGUAAUUUUACUCUGGAUCUUCAUCAAAAUCUUCUUACUGAUUUUAUUAAAACACACAAUAUGGCGAUUGAAGCUUACAACACAUUAAAAUUAAAAUGUGAAGAACUUAAAGAAGAAAAGGAUAAGCUUAAGCGUAAACAUGAUAUAGCAGCUGGCUUUGCUAUUGGUUUGGCUUUAAUUCCUUAUGUUAAUUUGGUUGCUUCACCAUUGGCUGGUUACAAGGCACAUAAAUAUAAAAAGAAAGCAAUCGAUAAGAAAGAGGAAUCUUUUCUUGCAGCUGAAGCGGCCCAAGGUAUUAAAGAUUAUUUAAUGGAUUCCAUUCACAAUUAUAUUGCUGCUAUGAAGGAGAUUUCAGGAUUUUUCAAAGUAAUAGAAGCAGAUUUAUGCUCACUUGUUGAGCAUCAUGAACAUGAUAAAAUCAAAAAGCACUAUCUUAAAGUUAAAGCAAUAUCAAGCCGUAUUAGCAAAUCUUGCGACUCAUACACAAGAAGUAUACCUGAAUGCGAGGCCAGUCUACAAGCAAUUAAUAAUGGUUAUGAUAAAAAUUACGUUCAAGAAUGGAUUAGAAUGGCAAAAAAUAAAAAAGGGCAAAAUUUGCUUGGAAUGGGUAAAAAGUUAUCUCAACAUAAUGAUAAGUUAGUUGAUAUUUUUAAUAAUAUGGGUAUCACGUUUAUUUAG